UUGAUUGGCUGGCUUCUUCCAUGCAAAGUCCCGGAUCAAGGUCCUCUCAAUAAAUACAUGGCAAUCUAAGGCGGGACUUGUUCAAACUAGACAAAUAGUCGUGGAAGAUCUGUGUAACUGAAAAUAGCAGGGACAUCUUAUACAAUGGCUGGUGGCAAGGCUGGAAAAGACUCCGGGAAAACUAAGACGAAGGCCAUUUCGCGCUCACAGAGAGCCGGUUUGCAGUUCCCAGUGGGCCGUAUUCACAGACAUCUGAAAUCCAGAACAACAAGCCAUGGCAGAGUUGGGGCGACUGCAGCUGUGUACAGCGCGGCUAUUCUUGAGUACCUGACAGCUGAGGUUCUGGAGCUGGCUGGAAACGCGUCAAAGGAUCUGAAGGUCAAGCGUAUCACCCCACGUCACUUGCAACUGGCCAUUAGAGGCGACGAAGAGUUGGAUUCUCUCAUUAAAGCUACGAUUGCUGGUGGUGGUGUCAUCCCUCAUAUCCAUAAGUCACUGAUUGGAAAGAAGGGACAGCAGAAGACCGUAUAACCCUGGAAACAGUGGCAUUAGGUCAUGUCAUCUCAGGACCUGCUUAAAUUGUUUUUAAUAAUUUUCUUGGUAGUGUUUUAGGACUUUUUAUUUUUUUAUGUAUGAACUUGCAUCUACUCAUCUAUGGUAUUUUUAAAGUGGCUUCAGAGAAGCUGUUUUAUUUUGGGCUUGUAUGUUUUUGGUACAACUGUGGUUUGGUUUGUAUUGUGUACAUUUUUGCAUACCAGUGGCAUUUCCAUGUUUUGAAGUUGUCUUUGAAUAAAGCUCCAAGGUAUUGUGCA